GCCCAUACAUUCCCAUAACAAUCACCGGCCUUUUGAAGCUUGCCGCAGUGUUUAUUUAGGCUAAUCCCAGCCGAAUUUCCUGCGUGCUCGCCCCUAAAACGUGUUGGACGCUCUUUAACUCGUGGAGAAUCCAUUUCAGUCAGCAUAGAGUGUUUUUAAAGAGGCGCAGAAAUGGCAGGCGCGAUCUUGGAGAAUUUGAGCGGUCGGAAGCUGCUCGUGCUCGUCUCCAUUCUCAUCAUCUCGCAAAUAAUUUGCUUCCUAAUCGGCGGGCUGAUCGCUCCGAAUCCGUCUAGCGCGGACAUCGCCCUCGCCUCGAAAUGCUACGACAGCGGCAACAACACGGAAAAGUGGUUCUACCCCCGCGGCCAGGGUCGAUGCCACCUCCUGACGCAGGACGACAUGAAAAAACUGCACAUGGCAAACCAGAUCGUGUUCGCAUUCCAGCUUCCUCUGCCCAGAGACAAUAUGAUUCUGGAUUACUCCAGGUGGCAGCAGAACUUGAUUGGAGUGCUCCAGUUCGACAUCGAGUACCACGAAGAGGCACUAAUGGCGGAAAAAACGUUAGUAACAAUUGAUGCUAAGAUGGCUUAUCGGGACAAAGGGGACAAGGACGAUGACUGGAAAUAUUAUGCUUCAUCAGUAGAAACACGAACUCUCGAGUGCACGACUAAGGAGGUUCGCAAAAAUGCUUUAAUUUAAUUUUUAUUCACUAAUUUUGCACCUUAAUUGCAGAAAAAAGCGGGAUAUUACUACAGCUGUUCGAUCGUUCCGCUGUUUGAACUCGGCUCUCUUCACCACGACUACUACCUUCUGGACUUGCGCCUGCCUGUAGAUGACCGAUCUAAAAUGAACAAUGGCUUGGGACAGAUUGUGGACAUCUGGCUUGUGGCUAUCAACCAGAACGGUGGCUUCACAAAGGUGUGGCUCUCCCUGAAAACCACCUUCUUCCCAAUCAUCGUGGCCAUCAUGAUCUGGUUCUGGAACCGAGUGCACCAGCUCAACCGGCCGCCCGCUCUCUUGGAGCAGAUGCUCCUUUUCCUCGGCUGCUCGCUAACCUUCCUAAAUAUGCCCCUGGAGUACCUGACGCUGAUGUUCGACAUGCCGUACAUGUCUCUGAUCGGAGACAUCAGGCAGGGAAUUUUCUACGCGUCCCUGCUCUCCUUCUGGCUCGUCUUUGCCGGCGAACACUUGAUGAUCCAGGAAAAUGAAAACCACAGCACUUUGAGAGCGUACUGGAAGCAUCUGAGCGCCGUGGUGAUCGGCUGCGUUUCCCUUUUCAUCUUUGACGUCUGCGAGCGCGGAGUGCAACUGAAAAAUCCCUUCUACUCCAUCUGGGUCACUAGUUUCGGCGCAAAUCUGGCUAUGGGCUUCGUAAUUCUGGCGGGCGUGUCGGCGGGCCUUUACUUCCUCUUCCUGUCCUACAUGAUCUGGCAGGUGUUCUGCAACAUCAGCACGAAGCGGGCCAGUCUGCCGAGCAUGUCCGGAGCCAGGCGUCUGCACUACGAAGGAGUCAUCUACCGCUUCAAAUUCCUGAUGCUGGCAACCCUGGUGUGCGCCGGCAUGACCGUCGUCGGAUUCAUCCUCGGACAGGUGUCGGAAGGCCGCUGGAAAUGGGACGAAGACAUCGAGCUUGAGUACACUUCGGCCUUCUUCUCCGGCGUCUACGGAAUGUGGAACAUCUACAUUUUCGCCCUGAUCGUCCUCUACUCACCCUCGCACAAGCAAUGGCCCCAAGAUGCGGCAAACAUUUUUGCAAUUGCAGACCAACAGAGCAUGAACGAGGAGAUCGAAUUCAGCCGUCUGCCCACCGAGCCCUCCGAGAUUUCCUCGCUGACCUCGUUCGCUAGAAAAACAGCCGUGGACUAAACAUUUCGCUUCGGUGUCGCCCCCGUCCGAGCAGGUACUUCGCUAAAUCUCAAAAUCGAAAAACGAGCUUCCAUAUAUUGGCAUUUUCUGGCUUUUCGCGCGGCAUUUAUUCAUAUCACAAAGCAGCUUCGUUUUAUUUGUCUCUCAAAGUGUGUUGUGCAGUUAAUGUUUGAUGUGAUUUUGCUUAACUACUUCAUAUCGAAGGCCAACAAAUAAGUAUUAUUCGAUCUGUCUAUAAGCAUUUAACUCUCGCGAUCUGGAUUUCGAACGAAAUCAAAAUAACGCCAUGAAACAGUUUCUAUUAGUUCUUAGUAAUUUUCGCAUAAUUUAUUUACAUCUUUUGCAUUUAUACUUAAUUUUUGUACCUCACAUAUUUUUAUUUUUUGCGAUACAUCUCAAUGUUUCUCAGUGUUCUCUAGUGUUAGAAAAAUCGUAGGUGUCGUCAAGUAAAUUAUGUGAGAGUCGUAAAAUAAAAUAUCAACAAAUAUAAUACAUAUGCAA